CAUAUUGAUUUUUGCUGUCAUUUAAAGAGAGGAAAUGUUGACUAUGAUAGCAGACCUACUUAUGAAUAUGUGAAAUUCAUCCUGACAGUCACAGAUAUUUCAAAUGAGCCUUUGCUGCUCUUCAGUAGCUUCUUCCCCAGCAGCUCCUUUGCUGAAUCGUGUCCUACUUAUCUUCCUCUGGAGGAUCGGUUUUAUCUGGUGGGGUCCAUUUCUCUCCUCAGGGAUCAGACCCUACGGGAACUUUUCACUGUGAAGAAACCUGAGGAAGAGGUUCUGCUGAUACAAGACUCAGAUGAGGAACAUGUAUCUCCUGAGUGCAGAAGCCAGGACCAGAAAAGAAUUUCUAGAAUGGAACUGCUGCAUCCUGAAUCUACUGCUGCUGCCUCAGACGAUCAAGCUGAUAUUCUAACAGUCGAGCAGUAUGACCACCAAGAAUCUGUUCUUGUAAUUGGGGUAGAGUCUGAUACAUCUUAUGAUUCCAGCACAUCGUCCCUGGAAAGCAUACUAGCAUCACCAGCUACAUUAUCUCCGCGGAGCUUUGAUUUCGAACCUGAGGCGGAGCAGGUGUAUGAUGUGGAUGAGGUGCAACAGGUGGACGAGAUGGAAGAGGUAGACCAGAUGGGCCAGAUGGACGAGAUGGGCAACGUGGAACAAGGAGAUGAAGAGGAAGAGCCAAGAGAACCACCGCCGUCGAUUACAUCAUACAUCCACAAGCGGGAGCUGGAGCUGAUGAAAAAGUUUAAGGAGCAACUGGAAGAGAAGACGCUGAUGCUGCAGGCUGACAUCAGAAGCCAGAAGGACGCACUGGAACUGAUGCAGGAACAGCUUCAGAAAAUGCAGGGUUCCAGCUUUCAGAUGCGGCCACACGCCUCACACAGCCUUGACCGUCCUGAGUCCCAUUCUUUGGAGCCAGUGCCCAAGAAACAACGCACUGAGCAAAUGAAGAUGUUCCUCCCAGAUCUCCGGAUCAGCCUCUCCUGUGGUUCAUGUUCAUCGCCCUCUUUCAAAUUCUCUGAGGAGCUUGAGGAGCCUGGUGAUGUCUCCAGCCAGCCACUGCUGCAGGGGCAGGACCAGCACGUGGGGCAGCAGACGCAGAAGCAGCCGCAGCCGCCUGAUGCCGCGGAGGGAACCCAGGACCCCGGGACACUCAUGCAGACCCAGCCCAUCGCUGUUCCUGUCCAGUUCGUAGCUGGACGACAGGCGUCUGGCUACUAUCAAGGUGAAACCCUGGGGGACAACAGAGAUGACAGGCAGAGUUUUGUUUCUGAGGAGCAGCAAGGGGUGUCCAUGGGUCCAUUGCCACUGGUGUAUAGCCCAGGCUCUGACAUAGUCGCUUCGACCAGCUUUCCUCAGUCUCCCAUAAAUUCUGACUCCAGCGUAGUCACCCUGGAGACCCCGCAGGAUUACAUCCAACUUUGGCAAGAGCCACGAGAUCCACAGCAUCACCUUUACCUCCAAGUGAAUACUUGGCCUUCCAGUGAGCAGAACACCCUGCAGGACCAAGCCACCUGGCCCCAGGUGCCAGCUUCUGAGGCAAGUCCGGAGGCUCUCCAGGACCCUGAUGAAUACUCACCAGGCCAUAUCGGCUAUUUCCUGUCUGCAGAGCAAUCUAGCUUGGAUGAGGAGCAGCGCCAGCGGUACUCUCAUGCCAAGCCUUGAGAGAAGAGGGACAGACAGGCCGAUGAGGCCUGCGUGGCCAGGGAAACUCCAAGGCUCACAGAGUUUCCUGGAG